UCGUGAGUGCAAUGCGCGUUCUAUCCGUCACUCAGUGUUCUUUAUCUGUGUGUUCAGGUGCUUGUUACCUCUAAAUGGCGAUUGUGCAUAAGUUGUGCCGCUGCUGAUUAAUUUCGAGGAAAUUCUGCUGAAAUACGGAAUUGAACGGUAAAUCUACGAUUCAAAAUCGAACGCGUUUGAAGCGGAGAGCAAAAUCUGCUGCACAAGCUCCAAACAAAAAACAAACAUGUCGGUCGCUUACUCCCAGCAGCAACAAUCUCAACAGCCACCCAACCCGGGCAAUCGCGGUGGCCCCGGCGGGCCGAUGAACCGUGGCCAGGGCCCUCCGCCCAGUCCGAUGCACAUCCAGAAAAUCCUGGACGAAAACGCCGGGCUGAUCCAGACCAUCCAGGACUUUCAAAACAUGGGCAAGGCGCAUGAGUGUAUGUCGUACCAUGUGGCGUUGCACCGGAACUUGGUUUAUCUGGCCAAUCUGGCCGAUCCGCAGCAUAACAUUCAGGCGUUGCUACCGCCCCCUCAUGUGCUUCAACAUGGCAGUGGUCCUCCAAUGCACGGAGUUCCUCCGGGUGCUGCGGCCCCAGGGCCAAUGCCAGGGCACGAAGGAGAUCCGACUCAUGGGCCCCAAGCUCAAACUCCAGGGCCGAACCAAUCAGCUGCUCCUGGAGGAGCACCUCCCGGUGGACCGGAGCAGCCUCCACCAUCGGUGCCGAACGCUCAGCCACCAUCUCAACCACCAACUAGCCAGGCGCAUCCGCCGCCUCCAAAUCAACAACCGGUGGGUAGUUAUCGUGGAGGACCGCAAGCGCCUCCACCGACGUCUUCUGCCGGACAAACGGCUUCUAACCAGGGACCCCCGGUUCCGGGACAACCUGGCAGACCGGGCGUACCACCACAACAAGCCCCGAUGCCGCAGCAGAAUCAAGGUUAUCCGCCGCAACGUGGUCCUUAUCAGCAGCAUGGGCAUUAUCCUGGUUAUCCACCGCCAAACCAACCCUACCAAGGCCAACCAGGAUAUCCACCGUAUGGCCCUCCGAAUCCUGCUCAGGGCUAUCCACCUAAUGCUCCCCAAUCCUACCAUCACGGCGGAAUGCCUCCAACGACUUCCGGAUCAGGUCCACCACAAGGAUCUCCAUACCCCAGUGCUGGACCUCCCCAAGGACCUCAAGGUGGACCGCAACAGGGAAGCUAUCAACAAGGACCUCCUAACGCUCCAGCAUCACAACCGCAAAUGUAUGGUCCACCCGGACAGUAUCCGCCACAACCUGCAGGAGGGCCUCCGAUGCCUCAUGCAUAUCCAGGCUAUGGCAGUCCGAAUCCUCCAAAUGCCUAUGGUCAGCCACCUUCCGGAUAUCCACCAGCAGGCGGUCAACCAAGCUAUCCUCCACCACAACAGCAGUAUCCUUCCGGCUACCCAUCAAGUCAACCCGUUCCACAUGGUCCGCCAACGCCGUCAAUUCCAACUAGUGCUCCGAGUCAGCCAACUCCUCCAGCCAGUGUUCCAUCAACUCAGUCAAGCGGAGCUCCUACUUACACUAACCAGUCCAGUCCAGCACCCGGUCAAACGUCUUCACCCAGUCCAAGCUCAAAUGCUCCACCAGCAAGCGUCUCGCACGCCGCGAUGCCUCCAACGACUUCCACCGGAUAUGCAACGGCAGCUCCCGGAGCUCCGGGGCCAGUACCCCCACAAGCUUACACAUCUCCUCCAGCCACUGCUGGACAUCCCCCACAGGGUAGCUAUCCACAACCGCAAGCUCCACCUGGUCAGCAGCCUCCGGGUCCGCCCCAGUCGUACGGCGCUACACCACCAUCAACUCAGCAUCAGCAGCCACCCGGCAGUUAUCCCCAGGCCGCUCCCGGAGGACCCCAAGGACAAGGACCGCCGCCCGGUCCGGCACCGUAUCCUCCACAUGGCUACCACCAGCAAGCCUAUUCUCCGAUUCCGCCGCCACAGGGCCAGUACCAGCAGGCGGCUCAAGGCUACCAAUACCAGCGCCCGCCCGGUGGUCAAAUGCCUCCGCCAGGACCGCAGGGACCUCCACCGCAAGGAGCCUACGGAUACGGCUACGGACAACCGCCCCAGUAAGGAAGCUUCAGACCGCCGAUCGGCCCGAGAAUCUCAGAUCGACAACAGGGAAGCGGGCCUCUUCUCCACUCCGCUCUCAACAAGAGCCCACAUAACGAACAACAAAGGGCGCGUGCGCUGGCCACGGGCACACGGAUGAAGCUGGAUUUGAUUUUCUCCGAAGUGAGCGUAGUGAAACGUUUAUUUUUAUGAGUUUUUUUUUGUGUUUUGCUUUUUGUUUUAUCCAAGGACGACGUUGAGCGGAAAUCUCCAACUUAUGUAUUCCAAAUUGUCUAGAAGUUAGGUAAGCAAGUUUCACCUAUCGAUGAUAUUUCAUGUAGUAUGUAGUAGGAUCGUAAGCAGAUUGAUGUGUAAUGUUGGAUUCCAUUUAUGGUUAUAGCUACUUUGUGCAUGGAACAAAAAAAAUGUAUUUUGAGAAUCUAAUAAAGGCAGUUACGAAACUGA